ACAGCUCAACACGCGUAAUUUCUGAGGUUAUGUCACUUAUUAUAUUUUGUACUUUUAAAAAUUUAUAACAAUUAAAAUACCUUAAGUUUCCGUAUUAAUUAUAGAUUUUAAAAACAAUUAGAAUAUUAGAAGAUGCAGCACGAUGACGUUGUAUGGAGUGUUAUCAAUAAGUCUUUCUGUUCCUAUAAAAUUAAUACAAAAACACAAAAAAUGUGUCGAAAUGAAUACAAUUUAACCGGUUUAUGUAAUCGUUCAUCGUGUCCACUAGCGAAUAGUCAGUAUGCAACAAUUAGAGAAGAAAAAGGUAUCAUUUAUCUUUAUAUGAAAACAGCAGAAAGGUGUGCAUUUCCCAAAAAAUUAUGGGAAAAAGUUAAACUCUCUAGGAACUUUGAAAAGGCCAUUCAUCAGAUCAAUGAAAACCUUCUGUACUGGCCGGGUUUUAUUAAAUCAAAAUGCAAACAGAGGUUUGUUAAAAUAACACAGUACCUUAUUAGAAUGAGGAAGUUGAAACUUAGAAGACAAAAAUUAAUUGUACCACUACAAAGAAAUGUUGAAAGACGAGAAAAGAGAAGGGAAGAAAAAGCAUUGAUAGCAGCUAAAAUAGAGAAGGGUGUUGAAAAAACACUUUUGGAUAGGCUGAAGAAAGGAGUUUACCAAGAUUUAUACAAUAUUCCACAAACUGCUUUUGAUGAGGCACAAGAAGAAAAUGAAGUUGAAGAUGAGGAAGAAGAGAUUGAAAUGGAACGAGAGCUUGAAAUGGAAGGAGAAGAUGAUGCAGUUGAAUACAUAGCAGCCGAUUCUGAUGACGAGAGUGAUUUGGAAAGCAACAGUGGCCAACCUGAGAAUGUUGAUCUGGACAGCAGUUUUGAAUCUUCUGAAGGAUCUGAUAUUGAAGAUGCAGUUACACCAAGUUCAUCAUCGAAGAAUAAGAAGACUCCACCUAGUAAACCCAGGAAGAAGUCUUUAGGUGGAUCGACGUCAAAGAAAACGCCCAGGCCUAGAGUUGAAAUUGAAUAUGAAGUAGAAACAAUGAGUACACCUCAGAAAGUGCCUACUUAUUAAUGUUAAAAAAUAAUUUUAUUUGUAAAUAAACUAUUUUCUAUCUUA